AGAAGCGGAAUGAGUUUUCACGGUGUUCAUGGUGCAUGGUGCUCGUUGAGAGGAAGAAAUAAAUUGACACCCGUUUGAAACUCUCUGCGUCUUGAUCAAUAUAUCCGAGGGGCCGCUACAGUGAAAACUCAUCGCUGCACCAGCCCUGCCAUCCCUGGUGAGAAGCUGAUGCCAUCACAUCUGAAGUCCAACCACCAACCUAAUACCGGCCAGUUUACUUCGCUUGCAUCCAACUCCUGCACACAGGCAAGACUUAAAAUGGACAGCAUGCUUAAGGUACAGCUAGAGCUGCAAAAAGAGACACUGGGUGCAAAGGAGCAAAAAAGCUGAAAAGGGACAAUCUUUUACACACGCUUGCUGAAGUGACUCAAAUAAUAAUAUGGUAUUAUAAGGUCAAAAUAUCUUGCAAGCUAAUUCUCAGUUCCUAACGCUUCUAAAACUGGUGACUAUUUCAAGAAACUAGCCCAUGCGCUUGGGUCAUGUCUGUUUAUGAAAAGGUUAAAAGGGUUGUUUUGUUGUUACUGUUUUAAGCUAAAAAUCCUUUUAGAUGUCCAUAAUCUGUUAAUGCGUGGCAUAAAUAUUACUCUGUGGUAAAGGAUAACUACAGCUUAUAAAUGUAAAUUCAGGCGUUGGACAAUCGAAGGCUACACUCGACUUAAAGCAGCAGCACAAACAAACAAGAUGUCACUUAAAGACAACCCAUGCAGGUCCAGCUCACGUGAAAGAAAGCUAACAGAGAAAGGCCAAGAGAUGCAUGACCAAGACACCAGAAAACGUGAGAAAGCAUUUAACAAGACCUAUGACGCUUGGAAGCUGGUAGCAAGGGAGACUAGGACAAAAUUAAAAACCCUCUGUUCAUCAGAAGACCUUAUUGAAUUACAGCAAGACAUUCAAGCAAAGCAUGAUGGCGUGUGCCAGCAGUAUGAACCUCUACUUCGUAACAGUAACACCACACCAGAGAUUGUAAAGAAAAUGGAUGCCUGUGUUACGCUAACAAAAGACAUUCGUGACCUUAUUAGUAACCGUCUAGAGACUAUUAAUCAAGAUUAUAAUGAUCAACUUGAGAAGGAAAGGGUAAGAGAAACAUUAAACAAAGAUGAAUAUGGGUCUGUCUUUGGCCACACUAAAACUGAAACGGUAAGCUCAGCGGAGUCACCGGAGAGAUUGAGCAACCACUCCAGCUCAACCAGUACCCACAGCAGUAGAGUAGAUGCACAAGCAGAGCUUGCGGCUAAGCUGGAACAAUCAAAAGCCAUGAAAGAAAUCCAAGCACAGCAAGCACAUCUUCACAAGUUAGAAGGUGAAUGGAAACUUAAAGAGGCAAAAAUGUUAGUAGAAAUAAAACAAAAAGAGUUGGAAAUGCAACAACAGUUGGAACAAGAGAGAACCAAAUUGCAGCAGUUACAAGCAGCAAAAGACGUUGCCAUAGCAGCAGCUCGUGUGAGAGCAUAUGACAAUUUUGAAGGGUUUGAGAACCAUGAUGAGGAGAUUAAUGACCAAACUAACUCUGCUUGUUACAGAAAGCAAAAUGAACCUCGAUUAAAUCCUGAUGCUGCAUCAUUCCAUCCACACCAAGCUGCUCCUGAGGUGACAAUGACCCAGGAGUCUGUCAGUCUAGCCCAGGUAAUCGCCAGCUCAUUAAGCAUGAACCGCUUGCCGGUCCCUGAACCAACCACGUUCCGUGGUGACCCUUUACAGUUUACAGAUUGGAGGAUGACAUUCAUAGCUCUUAUUGAUAGAAAACCCCUCCCACCAAGUGAGAAGAUGUUUUAUUUAAAAAAUUAUCUUGCUGGAGAGGCGCGCAAAGCGGUAGAAGGUUUCUUUUAUCGAGAUUCAGAAAGUGCAUUCAAUGGAGCAUGGAAAGUCUUACAAGACAGAUAUGGGAACCCGUUCAUCAUACAAAAGGCUUUCAGAGAUAAGCUCAUGAGAUGGCCAAAGAUCAACACAAACGAUCCACUAGCACUACAAGAGUUCGCUGACUUCCUCCAAGGCUGCACUGAGGCGAUGCCCCACGUCAAAGGACUAGCUAUCCUUAACGAUUGUGAGGAAAACCACAAGUUGCUCAAAAAAUUACCAGAAUGGAUUGUGCGCAAGUGGAGUCGAAUUGUUGUAGAGGAACUUGACACAUCCGGAAGCUAUCCAGAUCUUGCAUGCUUCACAAACUUCCUGAGCAAAGAGGCACGGAUAGCCUGUAACCCUAUUGCUUCUCCAUUGUUGAUGAACUUCAGGGCCACAAAUGAAAGAUCACCAAAGAGAGCCAAAGCUCUCAACACAAAUACACAAACAAAGAGUUUCGCUCAGGAGAAACAAGAAACAAACGGCAGUAAACCAAAAUCACCUUGCUUCAUCUGUAAAAGUGAAGCUCAUAACAUCACCAAGUGCCCCACCUUCGCAGCAAAGAGUAGUGAAGACAAAAAAGCAUUCAUCUGUGAAAAUCGGCUCUGCUUUGGGUGCUUGAGGAAGGGUCACAUGACCAAAGAUUGUAAGAGACGACACACAUGCAGCAUAUGCAGCCGUCGUCACACAACCUGCUUGCACGAUGACAGGAAACAAAGACCUGUGGAAGCAACAACGAAUAGCUCCACUUCCACAGAAAAACCAUGCAAGCUUGGAAACGCACAAUGUCGUAUCCCAUGCAUCAACACAACGUGCUUCCGCUACCUCAAGUAUCGUCCCAGUCCUUGUGUCUUCAAUACAAGAGCCACACAGAGAAGUACUUACAUACGCAAUACUGGACACACAGAGUGA